CUCUCCGUGGGGAUUCCGUUAGGGCACCAGAGCUACGCCGCCGGCUCCGCUCCCACCUCGGCCCCCCCUCUCUCUCUCUCUCUCGGCUUCAGAUUCGGCCCGCCGCCGGCGACGGGCAGCGGCGGCGCCGACCUCCGACGGAGCGGCGAAGUGUAGGUUUGGCUUUGGGUUGAUAGCGGAUGCAUUUUAGGUGUGGCUUUGAUUGUUAUGUUGACGUAUUGAGGAAUUGUGUCUCGAGGGGCAAUUGAUGCCUGCAUUUUGGUUGUAUGAGAACAUGGAAUGGAGCAGUGCUGAUCCUGAGGAAUUUCUCUUAAGUGAGCACGUAUAUGAUGGAUAAUCUGGGGAGAGGAGAGGAGGUUGAUGAAUUUCAGUUCAGAGGAUGUUCUGACAGAGAUGCUGUAGAUGCCCACUGUUGGGAGAUAUAAAGAGAGACUAUACCAUGGCUUUAUUGGUUGCCCGUGGAGAUCCAUUUUUAGCACCUCUGUUGUCCUCCCAUGUUUUCCUUCUCCAAUUCAUGGACAGUAUCCUUGACUGUGUCAAGCGCAAUGUUGCUGAUAUCCUCUUCUCCAAAACCUAUAUUCAUCCUCACCCACGAAUUUGUGAGCAAAAUGGCCUUGCUUUGCCUCUUGAAGAUGCUGUGGAAACUCAGCAAAACUGGAUGGCAAGAGAAGAUUGCUUACCAGGGGAGGAUAAUUUUAAGAACAACAGGAACCCAAAGGAAGUUUACAAUGUUUUGGAUGGACUGCUGAAAGGCAAUUUGGAGCGUCUAAAAUCAAUGAGGGAGAGCACAGACGUGGCAGGCAUGGUUGAUGGUGGGUACAAUUUAGUGGCCAAUCAUGAGGAUCAUGAAGGUAUAUUAAGGAAUUUGUGUUCAGAGGGUAAGCUGGGGGCUGCAUUAUGGUUGCGUGAGAAAAUGAUACAACGUGGUGCUGUUCCUGAUGUAGUUUCUCAUAAUUAUCUUCUGGGUGGAUUGUGUCGAAGUGGUAACUUAGAGGAGGCAGGUUUUCUUUUUGCGGAUAUGUUGAAAAUGGGACCUUCUCCCAAUACUGUAUCCUUCAACAGUUACAUCAUGGGCUAUUGCCGUUCUAAUAACGUGGAUGGUGCUCUUUAUCUCUUGUCUUCUAUGGUGAGUUGUGGUGUUCAGCCAAAUCGUGUAACCCGUAACAUACUUGUGCAUGCUUUGUGCAAGAGGGGUCUUUUGGAGGAAGCGAGGAAGCUUCUUGGUCAGUUAGUUAAUGAGGAUAAUGACAAGGCAACCUCGGAUUUAGUCGCAUCAACUAUACUGAUGGAUGGUUAUUUUAAGAAUGGUAAUGUUCUUGAGGCAGUAUGUAUAUGGGACAAGAUAUCUCAGGAGAAAAAUAAGAUGGAUGUGAUUGCUUACAAUUCUUUUAUCCAUGGACUUAAUUCAAAUGGGGACAUGAGGAGUGCGAUUGGUGCAUUUUGUCAAAUGCUGAAAAAAGGUUUCCAUCCUGAUGUUUUUACUUACAAUACUCUUUUAAGAGGAUUCUACGAGGGAGGAAAAUUGUGUGAGGCGUCCCACGUCCACAGCAUUAUGUUACUGAUGGGAGUUGCUCCGGAUCUGAUCACUUAUAAAAUAAUUAUCCGAGGCUUAUGUGCUCAUGGAGAUGUUGAGAAAGCAUAUGAGUUCCUUAAGCUUAUGUUAGAGAAGUCGAUGGUGCCUGAUCCAUCCAUAUGGAAUUGUGUUAUUCAUUGUUAUGGAAGAUGCGGUGAUCUUGGUAGAGCGCUAUUUGUUAGGGAUCAGAUGUUGGCAUUUGGCAUUGUGCCAAAUGUUUUUACUUAUAAUGCAUUAAUAGAUGCACAAGUAAAGAGGGAAAAUCUUUCUGAUGCUUACCUGCUCAAGCAAGAGAUGCAACAAAAUGGGCUUUUCGCUGAUGUGGUUACUUACAAUUUGUUGAUAGGUGCUGCUUGUAACUUAGGCCGGACGCCUUUUGCACUUUGGUUAUACGAUGAAAUGCUGACAAGGGGGUGUGAACCGGACAUUAUAACCUAUACUGAACUAAUUAGGGCUUACUGUGUGAGAGGUGACUUGAACAAGGCAGAAAGGCUUUUUGAGAAGAUACAAAAAUCUGGAAUACCAAUUAAUCAUGUUCCCCUGAAGAUCCUUGUUAAUGGAUACUGCAAAAUGGGGCAGCUUAAUCUGGCUUUUAACCUCUAUAAGAAGUGGCUGUCGAACUGGAACUAACUUCCCACUUUUUAUGUUAGAGAAGUUGGUAUUCUUGCCACAUGCAACUGCAAUUUCUCUUGGGCAUUAUUCAUGACAGUGGCUGUUUCCACAUGUAGUGGCUGUGUACUGCACAUCAGCUUGAUCCAAGGAUUUUGGAUACCAUGACUGGGUGCCAGGAAGGACUUAACCAUCAAGUCAAGAAGCAGUUACAAAAAAUAUCUAAAAGGGAUUCCUCCUUUAGUUUGUCCAUGCACAAUGUUAUCAUCAUAUCGAAUCAAACUUUCCCACAGGAUAUCGUAUGCAACAUGGUAUUGGUAUGCUAUCUGGUUGGGUUGGCCUCCUUUUGAAAUGGUGCGUACUGUGUAAGAAAAUCACGAGUUACAGAAGCAAAUUGCCGAUUGAGCUAGUGCUGUCAUUUAGAAGACAUAUGACGGCCUAUAGUAAAGUUUCAUGCUGCAAGAACAAUAUAAUGCUGCAUAGGGAAUGCAUCUAGCUACAAGUUCACAUUUGUGGGAGUGGAGUGUCAUCCCAAAAGACAAAAAAAAUAAGGUUUUAUUUAGAUCACUAUAUGUAGCAGUUGCUGCUUGGUGACAUGUUCUAUUUACAUGCAGAAUUUGAUGGAACUUGGGGAGCCAUACAUUGAAAUACAGUGCAUGGAAUGUUUGUGUGGGUGCUGAGAGACAGGCUAGCUGCACGUUUUGGUGCUACAGACCUGCUUGUCUAGGGCCUUGCGGAUGCUUAUUCUGGAGAUGAGCUUGUGCCAUCGCAGCUGCAUGGUGUAUAUGUGCGAGGACGUGCUGGCUAAACACGGGUGAGAACAGAAAGAAGAGCUUCUUAUCUUCUGGACACCGCUGGACUUCAUUGAGGAGACCUAUUCCUCUGAUGGGCUUGAGUUACUAUCUCUGGUCACUGUAACAAAGCCAGUCAUGGUAUGAUUUAGAUCGCUCAGUUUUGCCAGUGUUUUGUCUUCUAGACUUAUUAUUAGAGAGACUUCUCAAUGUACUAGCAUGGUUUCUGAAGCUGCUGUAUUAGGGGCUAUCGAGCAAAAACAUUUGUAGCAGGGACUACCUGACAGCUAUUGCACGUUUGUAGUUCAUUGCAGCUAGUACAUGCACAUAAUUUAUCGAUAUAUAUGACUAUAUGAUGCAUUGGCAUUUGAU